AUCUCUGAAUGAAUGAGGAGGCUGCAGUUCCGGCGGGUGCCUCUAGAGGGGGCGCGCAUGCGCAAGGCCAGAGCAAAGAGGCGCCGAGGAGGAGGGGGCGGAACCGGAAACCGGCGGGGCUAGGCCCAAGCCAGCCAUGAACGCGCCGCCGGCCUUCGAGUCGUUCUUGCUCUUCGAAGGCGAGAAAAAGAUCACCAUCAACAAGGACACCAAAGUGCCCAAUGCCUGCCUCUUCACCAUCAACAAGGAAGACCAUACGCUCGGGAAUAUCAUUAAAUCGCAGCUGCUGAAGGACCCGCAGGUGCUGUUUGCGGGCUACAAGGUGCCGCACCCGCUGGAGCACAAGAUCAUCAUCCGUGUGCAGACCACCCCCGACUACAGCCCCCAGGAGGCCUUCACCAACGCCAUCACCGACCUCAUCAGCGAGCUCUCCCUCCUCGAGGAGCGCUUCCGCGUCGCCAUCAAAGACAAACAAGAAGGAAUUGAAUAACAGCGAAUACUUGGAAAUAAUAAACCGUUUGAUGUGUUUUUCCUUUUCAGUAGCUGAGUCGAUCAAAGGCAAGUAAUGGCUCAGAUACGGAAACCAGAGAGAUUGGAUGCUGACUAAUAAAGUAUUAAUUAGUUGUU